CUUUUUAUCAUUUUAAGUAAGAUAUUUUGAUAAUAAAACGUCUUACAGUUAUUGGUAGUGUGUAUAGUGCUUUACUUUAUUCCAGUGAUGUUUUUGUAUGUAAUAGGCACUGAUAAGGAUUUAUUUGUGAGUGUACGAACUUAAUCUAGUUUUUGAAAUUAUUUGCUAUGGCUAUUUCACUUGUAAAUGAUUUAUGCCGAAUAUUUAGAAGUAGUGUUUCGACUGUAUUACCAGAAAAUCUUAUUAGAAAAUUUAUUAUUUACGAUUCUUUAAAACAACAUUUACAUGUAGCAGGAUUAAAUUACAACCUAAAACAAAAAAAUGUAUAUGUUGUUGGAGGUGGAAAAGCUGUUCAAAAUAUGGCAAAUGAGGUUGAACAUAUUUUAAGUUCAAAAAUUAAACAAGGUAUUAUCAGCAUUCCUAUUGGAAGUUAUAACUAUAAAAGUUCAAAUGACAAAAUGUUGUAUUGUGAAGGGGCAUUAAAUAAUUUACCAGAUGAAAAUGCUUUCAAAACAGCUCAAGCUAUAAAAGAUUUAGUGGUAAAUUUAACAGACAAUGAUUUCUUAAUAGUUUUACUAUCUGGUGGUGGCUCCGCAUUGUUGCCUUUGCCUAAGGAACCUAUAACUUUAGAUGAAAAAACUGCUUUGAUUAAAAAAUUAGCAAAUUCAGGUGCUGAUAUAAUAGAACUAAAUACAGUUAGAAAGAGAUUAUCAGAUUUGAAAGGAGGGCAACUAGCAUUAAAGGCACAACCGGCUAGUGUUUUAACCCUUAUCCUUUCUGAUAUUGUUAAUGAUCCCAUCGAUUUGAUUGCUAGUGGACCUACUUGUAAAGACGAGGAACACCCCUCAGCAGCAAUGAACAUCAUACGCAAAUAUAAAUUACAGAAUGAACUGCCUUCAUCAAUAAAAAACGUUUUAGAAGAUACAAGAAGUAUAGAAUUCUGGCCGAAAAGUAAAGUAGAAAACAUCAUAGUUGGUUCUAAUAAACUUAGUAUUGAAGCAGCCACUUUGGAAGCGAAGAAUAUUGGUUUCUUCCCUAUAUCACUUUCAAAUAGUAUUGUUGGAAAUGUUACUGGAAUUGCACAUAAGUAUGUACAACUGGUAAAGUUAUUCUAUGACUUUAAGAAUGAUAUUUUAAACAAUAAUAUCAAAGAUAAGUUGGAUGAAUUAAACAUACCAGGUUUGAAAUUUAGUUUUGACGAUGAAUAUUUAGAUUUGAUAAAAACUAAAGAUUUGUGUCUAAUUCUUGGUGGGGAGACAACAGUUAAUGUUAAAGGUACAGGGAAGGGGGGGAGAAAUCAACAACUUGCUUUAGAAUUCUCAAAAUACAUUGAUGAGAUAAAAAACAAUUUAUCCGGAUUCAAUAUAUAUUUCUUAAGUGCCGGCACUGACGGUAUAGAUGGACCAACAAAUGCAGCCGGUGCUAUAGGAUAUAUAAAUUUAAUUUCGGAUUGUUCAAAGGAAAAUAUUGAUGUUAAUAAAUACAUAGACAAUAACGAUUCCUACAACUUCUUCAACACAUUCAAAAAUGGUGACCUACAUGUUGUAACUGGACAUACAAACACAAAUGUCAUGGACAUACAUUUAAUAAUAAUACAAAAAUAUACAUGAAACUUAGUUUGUUUAUAAUCAGUAUCUAAGAAUUAAAACAAUGAUCAUUAACUAAGCCUACCUAUUAUAACUACAGCUAUAUUUAAAAAUAUAACAAUUUAUUGCUAACUGUUAACUCGUCUGAAAUUAAAUGUUAAUUUUUUUUUUUUUUAUGUGGCUGUGGUUCAAAAUUAUAAAGCUAAUUACAGACAAUAUAGAUUAUAAGACGUUUUAUGGAGCAGAUUUUAAAAAGAGCUCAAGUUUAUUUAGCUUUUGUUUCGCCGCAGCUGCAACUGCCAUUUUACAUAAA